AUGUUCUUGGGACCUUGGCCUUUCUUUCACCUUAUGCUCUGGUUUGCGGCUCCCAGAAGACAGCGAAGACACCAUGGCCUUGUAACUUUCAAGCUCCUGCGGUGUGUGUGCCUCCUGGCCCUCACAUCCAUCCCGCAACAGGUGUGCGGACCCCCUUACAAGAUAGGGGUGGUGGGCCCUUGGGCUUGUGAUCCGUUGUUCUCAAAAGCUCUGCCUGAGGUUGCUGCUCGAUUAGCCACUGAGCGGAUCAACAGGGACCCAUCAUUUGACCUGGGUUACUCUUUUGAAUACGUGAUUCUCAAUGAAGACUGCCAGACUUCCGGAGCCCUUGCCAGUUUCAUUUCUCACCACCAGAUGGCCUCAGGAUUUAUUGGACCUGCCAAUCCCGGCUACUGCGAGGCAGCCUCGCUCUUGGGAAACAGCUGGAACAAAGGGAUUUUCUCUUGGGCCUGUGUGAAUUAUGAAUUAGACAAUAAAAAUAGCUAUCCGACCUUUUCUCGGACACUCCCUUCUCCCAUCCGUGUGCUGGUAACCGUCAUGAAAUAUUUCCAGUUGGCUCACGCUGGAGUCAUUUCCUCAGAUGAAGACAUUUGGGUGCACACAGCCAAUCGAGUCGCAAGUGCUCUUCAGAGCCGGGGCCUACCUGUAGGGGUCGUCCUGAGCACAGGACGAGACAGCCAAAGCAUUCGGGAAGCUCUCCAGCAGAUUCGCCAGGCUGACAGAAUUCGCAUAAUCAUCAUGUGUAUGCAUUCGGCCUUGAUUGGGGGAGAGACUCAGAUGCAUCUCUUGGAAUGGGCUCAUGAUCUGAAAAUGACUGAUGGAACCUAUGUCUUUGUUCCUUAUGAUGCCCUGCUCUACAGUUUACCUUAUAAGCAUACACCCUACCAGGUCCUGAGGAACAACCCCAAACUCCGGGAAGCCUAUGAUGCUGUGUUGACCAUUACAGUGGAGUCCCAAGAAAAGACCUUCUACCAAGCCUAUACUGAGGCAGCAGCUACACAUGAAGUUCCUGAGAAGCUGGACUCAGAUCAAGUUUCACCGUUGUUUGGAACCAUCUACAAUUCAAUUUACUUUAUCGCACAAGCCAUGAAUAAUGCUAUGAAAGAAAAUGGACAGGCUAGUGCUGCCAGCCUGGUUCAGCAUUCCAGAAACAUGCAGUUCUAUGGAUUCAACCAGUUGAUAAGGACAGAUUCAAACGGAAAUGGAAUUGCAGAAUAUGUAAUCUUGGACACCAACUGGAAAGAAUGGGAACUGUAUAGCACUUACACUGUGGACAUGGAAACGGAGCUGCUACGGUUCAGAGGGACCCCCAUUCACUUCCCUGGUGGCAGGCCCCCUCAAGCAGAUGCAAAAUGCUGGUUUGCAGAAGGGAAGAUCUGUCAAGGAGGCAUCGACCCUGCCUUUGCCGUAAUGGUCUGUCUCGCUUUGCUUAUAGCCCUGUUGUCUAUUAAUGGAUUUGCUUACUUUAUAAGGCGUCGUAUAAAUAAAAUCCAGUUGAUUAAAGGACCCAACAGAAUUCUACUGACUUUGGAGGAUGUGACAUUUAUCAAUCCCCACUUUGGCAGUAAGAGAGGAAGUCGUGCCAGUGUAAGCUUCCAGGUCACCUCGGAAGUCCAAAGUGGGUGGUCCCCAAGGCUCUCCUUUUCUUCAGGGAGUCUCACUCCAGCUACCUAUGAAAACUCCAACAUAGCAAUUUAUGAGGGUGAUUGGGUAUGGCUGAAGAAGUUCCCCUCUGGAGGUUUUGGAGACAUUAAGUCCAUCAAAGCACGUGCAAGUAAUAUGUUUGAAAUGAUGAAGGACCUACGUCAUGAAAAUAUUAACCCUUUAUUGGGCUUCUUCUAUGAUUCAGGAAUGUUUGCCAUUGUGACAGAAUUCUGUUCCAGAAGGAGCCUAGAAGACAUAUUGACAAAUCAGGAUGUGAAACUUGACUGGAUGUUUAAAUCAUCACUUCUGUUGGAUCUCAUCAAGGGCAUGAAGUACUUACACCACAGAGAGUUUGCUCAUGGGAGGCUGAAGUCUCGGAACUGUGUGGUUGAUGGGCGUUUUGUACUAAAAGUGACAGAUUACGGCUUUAAUGAUAUCUUGGAAACACUAAGACUCUCCCAAGAGGAACCUUCUGCAGAAGAGUUGCUAUGGACGGCCCCUGAACUGUUGAGAGCUCCAAAGGGCAGCAGGUUAGGUUCUUUUGCAGGAGAUGUCUAUAGCUUUGCCAUCAUCAUGCAAGAAGUGAUGGUCCGGGGCACCCCAUUCUGCAUGGUGGAUCUGCCUGCCAAAGAAAUCAUAGACAGACUUAAGAAGCCUCCUCCUGUGUACAGACCAGUGGUUCCUCCUGAGUAUGCCCCUGCAGAAUGUCUCCAGCUAAUGAAGCAGUGCUGGGCUGAAGCUGCAGAACAGCGACCAACUUUUGAUGAAAUAUUUAAUCAGUUUAAAACUUUCAAUAAAGGGAAGAAGACCAAUAUCAUUGAUUCCAUGCUUCGGAUGUUGGAACAAUAUUCUAGCAACUUGGAAGAUUUGAUCCGGGAACGGACUGAAGAGCUGGAAAUUGAAAAACAGAAAACGGAAAAGCUUCUAACACAGAUGCUACCACCGUCAGUUGCUGAAUCCCUCAAAAAGGGCUGCACGGUUGAACCUGAGGGCUUUGACUUGGUCACCUUGUACUUCAGUGACAUUGUGGGCUUCACCACCAUUUCUGCCAUGAGUGAGCCCAUUGAGGUGGUGGAUCUUCUCAAUGACCUGUACACACUCUUUGAUGCCAUCAUUGGCAGUCAUGAUGUCUACAAGGUAGAGACCAUUGGAGAUGCUUACAUGGUGGCCUCAGGCCUCCCAAAGAGGAAUGGCAGUAGGCAUGCAGCUGAGAUUGCAAACAUGUCCCUAGAUAUCCUGAGCUCCGUCGGUACCUUCAAGAUGCGACACAUGCCAGAGGUCCCAGUCCGGAUUCGAAUAGGCCUGCAUUCAGGGCCCGUUGUUGCAGGAGUGGUGGGUCUCACCAUGCCCAGAUACUGCCUGUUUGGAGACACUGUGAACACAGCUUCUCGGAUGGAAUCAACAGGGUUACCUUAUCGCAUUCAUGUCAGUCACAGCACCGUGACAAUUCUUCAAGCUCUAAGUGAGGGCUAUGAAGUGGAGCUUCGAGGAAGGACAGAGCUCAGGGGCAAAGGCACAGAAGAGACCUUCUGGCUGGUUGGAAAAAAAGGCUUCACAAAACCUCUUCCUGUGCCCCCACCAGUGGGCAAAGAUGGGCAAGUAGGCCAUGGCUUGCAACCAGUGGAGAUUGCAGCCUUCCAAAGAAGAAAAGCAGAAAGGCAGCUGGUGAGAAACAAGCCAUAA